AUGCAACUCUUUUACAAUCUAACUGCGAUACUCAGUCUGAUAGGCGUAUCACCUAUGCACCAACAAUUUGGCCAAAUUUUGAAGGACAUCUGUUUGGCCAUGACAGAGCAGAGAGAGAUUCACACUUUUUUGUACACCCGAAGCGAGAAUCCAAGUAAGGAUCAUUUAAACGUGCCGGAUAUUUUACAAGAACUUCGACCUCAGAAGCUCUUUGCCGUCAUCAACGUGGAUGUACUCACGCCAAUUCAGCGCUAUAGAGACCUGUUCAAUNAGAAGCUCUUUGCCGUCAUCAACGUGGAUGUACUCACGCCAAUUCAGCGCUAUAGAGACCUGUUCAAUCAUAACUUUCUCAGCAUUGUGCAACUAAGUCAAAACGCAAAGAGGGACAAGCAUUUGAUAAGCACACUGUUGGAGCGUUUACACUGGAGCAGAAAUAAACCUAUCAUAUUGCUUUUGGAUGACACCGCCACUGACGCCUAUGUGGAUAAGCUUUUUGAAUUUUCUGCAGGGCAGGGUGGUACGAACGUUAUUGCAUUGCAGCCACAAAUGGCAGUGGUAGAACGCGAGUAUUGGAAGUUAAUAAUAUUUCCCGUUCGCCAAACUGUGAGAAGGAGAUUUAAACCAUUAAAUAAUGCGGUUUUCGCCAGUCCUAUAAAGAAUAUGCACGGUCAGCCAAUGCGCCUCAUGGAAAGGCUUUGGUAUCCAAAAACCUAUAACUAUACACCUGCCGGUGGGUCCCAAAUAGUGAGUGGCUAUAUGGGCAGAGCAUUCGCUGAGUAUGCACGCGUUUUCAAUGUCACGCUGGAGUAUCCAUUUGCUAAUCCGAAAAGACCGCUUUAUCAUUUUGAAGUACGCGGCGCUCUUAAAAAUGGCAGCGCAGAUGUUGGCUUAAUUUCCCGUAUCGAAGUUGGUGACAUUAAAUUGAGUUCAACGACUGUAGUGCACCGUACCGACUGGUGCUUGAUGGUACCCCUGGAAAAACCAUUGCCGCCAUUUGCUUUCUUUAACCAAAUAAUGGAUACCUAUGUCAAUUACAUGCUCUGCUUCAGCUUGAUACUAAUCUCGUGCGUUUGGGCUGUCGUGUCCCGCUGGAAGGAUCAGCGGCAGCCAUUAUUCAUCGAAUAUUUUAUAAAUAUCUCGGUCCUACAGGGACUAUUGGGUAUGACAUUUUGGUUGAAAAGGCAACUUUCAAGGAGUCAGAAGUAUAUUUGCAUUACAAUUUCAUUUGCGGGUAUCAUAUUUGGUACCGCCUACAAUGCUUACUUACAAAGUUUUACUGUAAACGCACCCCUAGAACCGGAAAUGAAAACUAUUGAGGACGUCCUAAAGCGUGGCAUUAAGAUAGCUGUGGGCACAAGCGAUAUAUAUUGGAUAAGCCACUAUACAAAUAUGUCUAUGUAUAUUAAGAACUUCACAAUUUUUACCAACUACACAGAGAUGUUAUUGUUGCGGAACUCAUUUGACACACGCUAUGCAUUUGUGGUCUCUGAUAUGUGGUCCAUAUACAACGAGCAACAGAAAUACUUCUCAAAGCCUAAAUUUCGCACUUCGGAUAUUUGCAUUGAAAAGGAUGCGCAAUUGGUGUUGCCCUUGCCGGUAAAUUCGGUUUAUCGCGCAACUUUGAACAAAUUAUUUUUGACACUGCAGGAAGCUGGGCUUAUAAACUUUUGGCUACGUCACAGCUUUGUAGAGUUGACGGCGAUGAAUGUAAUUACAUUGGAGGAUUCUAAUAAAAAUUCUGGUUUCGAGCCAAUGAAGUUGGAGGACUUGCGCGUGAUAUUCAUUGGAAUGG